GGGCGGGGCUCGCCUCCCUCCCAGCCCAGGCGAUAAAGAAGGGCUGGGCUGUUGUCGCAGGUUCUGCGGCGCUGAAGCGGAGGCGUGUGGCGUUUAGACUCUGUAGCUGGUCACAAUGGCAAGCAAAGGAGGGUACAUCCUGCUCGGGCUCCUGUUCUCCCUGGCUGUCCUCUGCCAACUCGGUCACAGUCUGCAAUGCUACAGCUGUAUUAACCAAGUUGACUGCACUUCAGUCGUCAAUUGUACACAUAAUCAAGAUGCUUGUCUCUACGUUAAGGCUGUGCCGCUAAAAGUUUACCGCCAGUGUUGGAGUUUGGAACAUUGCAAUUUUGAGUUCAUCGCAAACGCCUUAGGGGAGAAGGAGCUCCACUAUGACUGCUGCCAGAAGAACCUGUGUAACAAAAGUGACGGGACGAGCGUAUCUGAGAAGACACCGCUGCUGCUCACUCUGCUGCUGGUGGCAGUCUGCCGCUUUUAUCUCUAAAUCUGUGCCAGGAGGACUUCUCCUGAAUGUCCUGUUUCUAUCUAUUCCUUCCUUCAUGUGAUGCUGUGUUCCAAAGGCUUUUUAUUUUCCAACUGGAUCCUGUUGGGAAAGUCUAAAACUAGCUUGAGCAACUUGAAUAAUAGAGGAAUUCAGAAAGAUUCUGAAGACCAGUCCUCUUGGCAGAGAAGACCUGUUUGAGUUGAAAAAAGAGUGAACUGUGUGUAAUGUGAGUGAGAUGACAUGCUUCUUACUCUGCACUUUGUGAGGCCAGCUUUGCAGGGACAGCUUGAGUUGCUCUGCAGUCCUCAGACGUUUCCCUCUGGUUCCUUGGAUGUAAUUAGUGUGGUCAGUACUCUUUUGGGGUAGCUGGAGCAGGGGCUCCUUUUCAACAGUCUUUCUCACAAGGAAUGCUUUAUGCUCGCCUUUCAUGGCCCCUGUAUUGCCAGGUAGGCAUGACCCAUCUUUCGGAUGUGGACUGUCAGUCAGGGACAAUGAAAUUCUUAAAGAAGAGUAAUAGGAAUGACUGUUGUCUUCGCAGCUGCCUGGGAAGGAGGUAAGCUUUCCAGAUGGCAGGGCAUGGAAGCACAAGGUUUGUCUUCGAAGAGGUACCAGUGGCUCAAAUCAGUUUUCCUCUGUCCCUCAAUUUUGUGUUGGCUUUGCUGUCUUUGCCUAGAAAAAUUCAGUAGCAUAAAUGAACAGUGUGUUAAAACUAUCCCUUCCACUCCCCACCUUUUCUGUUGACAUGGUAGGCUGUCUUGGAUUUGUCACACACAGUUAAAAACUAAACAUUUGAAUAUUCUAUGUUACAUGUGACUUGCAGUUAUUAAGUAUGCUUAUUUUAACUGUUACUGAUAGGAACACUCUUUAUGUGUGCAUGUAUAAUGCGUGAAUGGAACAGGAGGGGCCUUUGGGGUUAGGAUUUGGAAGUUCCAGAUGUCAUCAUGAACAGUAACAGGUCUGCAGGGGUGUGUUUUACCUGCCAACACACAGCCAGUAGGCUCCUAGCUGAGUCAGCACAGAUUGUCUAAAAUACAUUUGUAAGGGCUAUUAGCAUCAUCACAAAUGCUGAGGCUUUCAGAAGCAUUAUCAGUUUGCUAAAAAGUGCCCACCUUUUCAGGAGGACAAAGUUUUGCCUUUUGGUUGUGGGUGCUGGUGAAUAAGAUUCAGUAGACUUAAUGACGUGUAUGCUUACAAUCUUGGCUGUAUGUAACAGCAUAGCCUGACUUUUACAGAUAAAGGUAAAAUUUCUUGAUUUUUUUUUAAAAUCCUUGUUUUUGUGAUGUGCUGGACAGACUGAAAUGAAUCCUGCCUUUUUUCUGAAAAUAAAAUCUCAUCAAAUGCA